AUGGCUCGCACUACAGCUACUAAGCUCGUGCUGGUCGCCCUGGUGGCGGCACUCCUCCUUGUAGCCUCCGACGUGGCAAUCUCCUGCGGCCAGGUGAACUCCGCCCUUGGCCCCUGCCUUUCCUAUGCACGCGGCAGCGGCGCCAGCCCGUCCGCGGCCUGCUGCAGCGGCGUUAGGAGAUUGGCCGGCCAAGUGCAGACCGCCGCUGACAAGAAAGCGGCAUGCUUGUGCAUCAAGAGUGCUGCCGGUGGGGUCAAAGAAGGCAAGGCCGCAGAGACCCCCUCCAAGUGCCGCGUCAGCGUCCCCUACAAGAUCAGCUCAACUGUGAACUGCAAUAAGAUCUAG